UUAUAUAAAUAAUAUAACAUUAAUUAUAUUAGAUGGAAACAAAGAAUAUGUUAGAAACUUUAAAAACUGAAAUUCAGGAUAAAGAUAUUAAAAUUUCUCAAUAUGAAGAGCAAUUAACUUCUAUAAAACGAGAAAUUAGUGAUUUUUUCAAUAAUUUAAAAUAUAUUUUAAACAAUUUGGAAGAGUUUAAUGGUGUUUGUGAAGAAGUUUGUAAUUGUACAAAAUGUAAUUUGGAUAUUGGUGAGGAAGCAAAUAAUAUAUUGUACAAUAUAAGCAUCAUUAUAACAAGAUUUCAAAGUUAUAAAAUAGAAAGUCAGAAUCUCUUACAACAAAUUGGAGAUUUAAAGCAUAUAGGAAAUGAUAAACAGGGAAUUUAUUCUAAUCAAAAUUUAAAAUAUAUGAUUUGUGAAAAGUUUUCUUGUAGCUCUGAAAUGGAUUUAAAUAACACAAUUGGGAACAAUGCGGUUGUAUUUAAUGUAAGGCAAGAUAUCAAUAAUUUAAAUAAAAUAGAAUUUGAUGAUAUUUCUAAUGUAGCUGGUAAUAUAAAUUUAUUAAGUGAAGCAAAUAACUUGGAUUCUUGUGAACAUCAAAAGGAAUGUCAGAAUUACACUAUUAAAUUAAAUAAGAAAAAUGACAUGGACAAUAUAGAAAAAGAAAUUAUUGAAUAUUUUACACAUUUUUUAAUUAAGUUACGUUCCCUUACACAAAAGUUACAAAUAUAUGUAGAAAUUGAACGUCCUGUAAUGAUUAAACAAACUUAUUAUUUUUAUGAAAUUUUAAAAGAUACACAAUCAGCUAUUAAUGUUUCUCAAGAUGUAAUUUUGAAGAAAAAACUAAUUUCUCAAUUAUAUAAUCAACAUAAAGAAGAACAUAAGAAGCGUAAUUCUUACAUUAAACAACUUCCUAAUGAUUUGUUAGAAGUACAAAAUAAGAUAAAUGAAUUUAUUGAAAAUAUUUUAUAUCAGUUACUAAAUGAAAUAUUAGAUACUGAAAAAAAAUAUUUAUAUGAUGAAAAAAUUAAUAAAGCAAUUGAAACACAUUUGAAAUCUUGUAUUAACAGAAUAAGUACAGCUCUACAAGGUGUUGGAGAUCAACAUCUACAAAUAGUAGAAACAAUAGAAGAACAAAAAGAGAAAUUGGAAAGAAAAGAUUUAGAAAUAACUCAAUUAAAAGAAGUGGCACAACAACAAAAAGGGGAAGGUGACUGCUUAAGUAGAAAAAAUUUUGAACUCAAAGAACAAUUAUCAAAAGCAACUAUGGAACUUAAUAAUAAAAAUGAUUUUAUAUUGAAAUUAGAAGAACAACUUGAAAUACUCAAAAGUGAAUUAUUGAUAUAUAAUAAAAAUUAUAAUACAUUAACAAAUGAAAACAAAAAUUUAGAAAAUAUAAAAAAUAGAUUGUCAAAAGAAUGUCAAGAAAAUAAAAAACAGUUAAUAACAAAAACCCAAAAAAUUAAAAAUUUAUCACAACAGGUUCAUGAAAUCCAUGAAAUUAAGAAUUUAAAAACUAUUUUAGAAAAUAAGAUUAAAGAAAUGGAAAAGAAAUUAAAUGAUUUACAAUUUGAGAAUAAUGAAUUAAAGGAGAACAUUACUCAAUCCAAUAUAAUUAUUUCCACAAAAGAUGAAAAUAUAACUAUCUUAAAAAGUAAAAUUGCUGCAACUAAUAAUGUCUUGUCACAAAAAAUUGCUGAAUAUAAAAAUACAAUGGAAGAAAAACAUUAUGAAAUCAUAAAAUUGGAAAAUGAAAAUAAGUUAUUGAAUGAAAAAGUAAAAGAUAUUGAACAUAAACUUACAGAAAUGAAUCUAACAAUUGUAUCCUUAACUGAACAAAAUGAUAAAAUUAAUAUUAUAUACACAAUGCAAGAAGAUCUUACAAAAUUAGAUAAAAAUGAAAAGAAGCUAAAAAUUGAACUCAAUAAUUUAAGAACACAAUUUAUAAAUGAUCAAAAUAAUAACAAAAAACUCGAUAAUAGUUUAGACAUAUAUUUACGUGAAAAUGAAAUUUUGAAAAAAAAUGUGGAAUAUUGGAAAAAUGAAAACUCUGAAUUAUUAAAUAAAUUACAUAAUGAAAUAAUGGAAGAAAAUCUAAAAAGCAAAUUAUAUACUCUUUCCAAUCAAAUAUAUGAAAGGUUACUAAGUCUUCAAAAGCAAACAAAUUUAGAAAAGGAUCCAUCCUAUAAUAAAUUAAUUAAAAAAUUGCAAGAUCAGUGCAUAACUCAUCAAGAUCAAGUAAUGAAAUUAACUGCAGAUAAUACAAAUGAAGACUUAAAACUAGAGUCUGGAGAUCAAAAACGAGAAAUAAAAGAAAAUGAAAUAGAAAAAGUUGAUAUACAACUGUUGAAUAAUGCUAAUAUAAAAGAAAUGUGUGAAGAUAAUUAUAUAAAAUUUAAACAAAUUAAUUUUUCUCAAAAUAAUUUAAUAAUUAAUAAUAAUAAUCAAAAUAAUAAUAAUAAUUUAAUGACAAGACACAAGAUCAAAUUUUUUAAAAAUGAACAUAAUGAAAACCAAAAUGAAGUAAUGAAUACUGAAAUAAAACAUCCUAAAGAAAUUAUUAAACAUUUAAUUCAAGAAAACGCUGAUCUUCGUGCCAUUCUUCAAUCUCAGAUGGAAGAAUAUCAAAACAAAUUAAUAUUAAUGAAAAAAAAUUACGAUAGUAGUUUAAAUGCAGUUUCUGAAAGGCACAAAGCAAAUGUUGAAAUUUUACAAAAACAAUUUGAAGAUGAUAUGAAGAGUGAAAAAAUGUUUGACCCAGAAAAUUGGUUACUAUCAUUAAAUAUGGAAGAAUUAAUAGAACUACAUAGACAAAUAAUUGUAAUUAUAAACAGUAACACCAACAUAAUUCAUAUGGAAAAUGAAAAUCAAUGUUUAUAUGCUAAUAAUGCACAAGAGCAAUUUUAUACAAAAUUGAAUAAAACAGAAAAGAAAUUCCGAAUUUCACUCACAAAUUUGUAUGAAACAGAAUCAAUACAUAAAAAUAUAAUAUCAGUUUUAAAAGAAAAAGAUUCACACUUACAAAAUAAAUGUCAAUUUAUUGAUUUGAAUGAUUCAAGUUUGGAACAUAAUUUUAGGUACUUUAAUAGUGAAAAAAAGUCUCCAGAAUUAGAAAACAAAUGUGAGAAAGAAAAACAAACGAAAGAAGAUUCUAUAUUUGAUCGACAAAGAUGGAGUUUCAUUAAUCAAUGUAGUGCAUAUCAUAAAUUAAGCAAUGUUUAUGAAUAUUCUAGGACACUUCCUACAGAUUAUUGAAGUUUUUCAAGAUAAAUUUCAUUAAUAUUCUUAAAAAAAAAAUUAUUUGCCUAAAAUUUAUAAAGAUUAUAAUAUAUUUUUGUAAAAUAUUUAUUCUGAAUUAUAACGUUAUAAACAUUUUG